GCGAAACAAAUAUGCACUGAGCUAUAGCUCCAAAGUAAAGCAAUGGAGGUAUCCUAAAAAGACCAAGAAAAAAACAAUAAUAUGCGAAAGAUUACACAGGAGGAAAAAGAAAUCGUAGCACCGGUAAACGUGGUGGAGGUGGGGGAUUCUUCGGCGCGGUGCGCAUCACAAAAACGCGUUCGCCAAGAAAUAUUUUUUACCGGGCGAGGCCGAUGGAGCCUAUCCGUUCUGUCGAGAGGAGAUUUGGAUUUGGUCCAAAGAGGACCUCGCCGUCGUCUUUAAUUUCCUCACCCGAUUUGGGCCCUCGCGCUCGCGCACCACCACCACCUACUGUGUCUCCUCUCCUCCCUCCCCGUCUCCCUCCGCUGCCCCUGCACCGCCUGCCGGGAAGAGACCGCACCAGCCACCAGCGCCUCCGCGAGUUCGACCCCCAAUCCCCACAGCUUCCCGCACCAACAAAUCCGCCCAAUUUGCGGGCCACUCCCGGCGGAAAUUCGUGACAAAGCCGCGGGGGGUUUUUUUUUUUUCCCUUUUUUCUUUCGCUCCCCCGCCCCCGUUUUCCCUUUUGACUCCGCCGCCGGGUCUGCUCCUUUAUUGCUGCGCCUGCCUGAUUGUCUUUUCUCGUCGGAACGCGCGGUAUCCCGAGGGCGGCGAUCGCGGAUUCGCCUCCGGAAGCGGCGAUUUGGUCCCCAGUACAGUCCGCCAUGAUUAAGCAAAUCCUCGGCCGGCUUCCCAAGAAGCCGACCAAGGCCGGCGAGAAGGAGCUGGCCGGCGCGGGCCCGUCGCUGCCCAGCCCGACGUCCGACGCGAGAACCACCACCGAUCUGACCGCGUCUAGCAGGCUUGUCAGCCCCAGCAACUACGCCUCCGCGGCAACAAAUCCAGGCCAGAGCUACGCGCCCAGGGCCGCCGGGCUCGGCGCCGGCGCCAGCAACGGGUUCGCGGGCUCGGCGGCCGGGUACGAGGCGCUGCCGAGCUUCAGGGACGUGCCGGCGUCCGAGAAGCCGGGCCUGCUCCUCGGGAAGCUGGCCAUGUGCUGCGUGGUGUUCGACUUCGCGGACCCGACCAAGGACGUGCGGGAGAAGGAGGUCAAGAGGCAGACGCUGCUCGAGCUGGUGGACUACAUCACCUCCGCCACCAGCAAGUUCCCGGAGCCCGUCGUGCAGGAGGUCGUCAGGAUGGUGUCUGUGAAUCUGUUCAGGGUGCCCACCCCUGCCCCGAGAGAGAACAAGGCGCUCGAGUCGUUCGACAUGGAGGAGGAGGAGCCCGUCAUGGACCCCGCGUGGUCGCACUUGCAGAUCGUGUAUGAGCUGUUCUUGAGGUUUAUUCAGUCUCCGGAGACGGACGCGAAGCUGGCCAAGAGAUACAUUGACCACGGCUUCAUUAUCAGGCUUCUCGACCUCUUCGACUCAGAGGAUCCUAGGGAGAGAGAGUACCUGAAGACGAUCCUUCACAGGAUAUACGGCAAGUUCAUGGUGCAUCGCCCCUUCAUCAGGAAGGCAAUCAACAAUAUCUUCUACCGGUUUAUAUUCGAGACGGAGAAGCAUAAUGGUAUCGCAGAGCUGUUAGAGAUUCUGGGGAGUAUAAUUAAUGGCUUUGCUUUGCCGCUCAAGGAAGAGCACAAAUUGUUUCUAGUCCGAGCGCUGAUUCCACUCCACAAACCAAAAUGUGUUGCCAUGUACCAUCAGCAACUGUCGUACUGCGUCACUCAGUUUGUUGAGAAAGAUUGCAAGCUUGCUGAUACUGUCAUAAGGGGGUUACUCAAGUAUUGGCCCAUCACAAAUAGCUCAAAGGAGGUGAUGUUUUUGGGUGAGUUAGAGGAGGUGCUGGAAGCUACACAGCCAGCAGAGUUUCAGAGGUGUAUGGUGCCACUUUUCCGUCAGAUUGCCCGCUGUUUAAGCAGUUCUCACUUUCAGGUGGCAGAGAGGGCUCUCUUUCUAUGGAACAACGACCAUAUCGAGGGUUUGAUCAAACAGAACAACAAGGUUAUACUGCCCAUAAUCUUCCCAGCGUUAGAACGAAACACGAAAGGCCACUGGAACCAGGCGGUUCAAAGCUUGAGUCUAAAUGUCCGGAAAAUAUUCAUGGACCAUGAUCCCGCGCUGUUUGAGGAGUGUCACAAGAAGUUUGAGGAAGAGGAAGCCCAAGAAGCUGGCGUAAGGUCAAGACGGGAGGCUAGAUGGAGGCGCCUAGAAGAAAUCGCCUCGUCAAAGUCUCCUCAGUGAAGUAGCGCGUCCUCCUGAGGCUGUAGUUCUUCAUCAGUAGAGUUCUUCUAGCUAUCUUGUCUUGGGGACUUGCAUAUUAGCAGCUCUUUUGGACAGGAUCAAGUAAAUGCUGAUGAUGUAGUUGCUGGAUGUCUUCUUGCCGCCUGUUACUUGUGACCGAACGUUCUACAGGCCGACAUGUAAAUACGAGGCACAUGAUGGGCUGUGAAGCUUCAACAGAGCCUCGGCGGGUUCUCUUUGCCGUGUGAUCCACUGAUGACAGUGUCGGUUUCAUCAUCAUAGGACAAAGGAAAGGAGGUAAAAUGGUCUUUUUCCGGGUCAAUGUCUUGAUCCAAGGACUGUUAGGAGCACUUGAAAGACGAGGAAGGAGGCAGGUAGCACUUGCUCUUGCUGAUGGUGAUUUUGCUGAAAUGUAAUACUAUGCUUUAUGUAUGAUGCAUGGUAACUUGAAGCCAUGUCUGGUGAUAAUAUGUAAUCCUGGUGUACAUGUCUUUUCCUUCCUUUGAUGUAUACAGAAAUUUGGAAUGAAGCCCUGAUUGAAGGCUGUUUUCUACAA